AUGCAGAGCUCGGCUUUUCUGCUCGUCGCGUCACUUUUGGCAGCUUUGCCCGUCAACGCCGAUGGAAUAUACACGAAGAAAUCGCCGGUCCUUCAAGUCAACCAGAAAAACUAUGGCUCGCUGAUUGCGAACUCAAACCAUACCUCAAUUGUAGAAUUCUACGCCCCCUGGUGCGGUCACUGCCAGAAUCUCAAGCCCGCCUACGAGAAAGCCGCGCAGAACCUGGAUGGGUUGGCUAAGGUCGCCGCGGUCAACUGUGACGACGAUGACAACAAGGGUCUCUGUGGCCAAAUGGGCGUCCAGGGUUUCCCAACCCUCAAGAUCGUCGUCCCAUCCAAGAAGCCCGGAAAGCCCCGAGUGGAAGACUACAAGGGAGCACGCAGCGCCAAAGCCAUCGUCGAAGCGGUGGUAGACCAUAUCCCCAACCAUGUGAAGCGCGCUACCGACAAGGACCUGGACAAGUGGUUGGGGCAGAACGAGGAGCGGCCCAAGGCCAUCCUAUUUACGGAGAAAGGCACCACCGGUGCGCUUAUGCGCGCAUUGGCAAUUGACUUCCUGGGCGCGAUUGAUUUCGCACAGGUGCGGAACAAGGAGACCGCCUCUGUCGAGAAAUUCGAUGUCUCUGAGUUCCCCACACUGGUCCUGGCCCCUGCGGGCGACGGCGAGAACAAGGUCUACGAUGGUGAGCUAAAGAAAAAGCCCAUCAGCGAGUUCCUCAGCCAGUUCGCUGCACCCAAUCCAGAUGCUGCCCUGGCCUCUGCCUCGGCAAGCGCAAAAUCUAAGCCCAAGCCCAAGCCCAAGCCCUCCGCCAAACCCACCUCUAUCGCGGACGAUGCCGACGACAUCAAACCUACCGCCUCUGCUGAUUCGUCUGACGCUCCCGACUCCAAGCCUGCGCAAGUCCCCAUCGCCGCGCCUCCAAUUGCUACCCUCGCCACCCCCGAAUCCCUUGAGUCCGCUUGUCUGGCUCCGAAGUCAGGCACUUGCGUUCUUGUCCUUCUCCCGGAGCCCAGCGAGCCGGACUCGGCGCUUCCAUCGCUGGCCACCGACGCGCUCGCUAGUCUGGCUGAGAUCGCGCACAAGCACGCCGAGCGUGGCGCUCAUAUCUUCCCGAUGUACGCUGUUCCCGCCAUCAACACUGGCUCGCAGACCCUCCGUAAUGGACUGGGCCUGGCCGCUAGCCAGACUGUCGAGGUCGUUGCUCUGAAUUCCCGUCGCGGAUGGUGGCGCCACUACAGCAACGACGCGGACUUCGGCACUGUCGCGGUCGAGGCUUGGGUGGAUGCGAUUCGCCUCGGCGAGGGCGCCAAGCACAAGUUGCCGGACGGCAUUUUUGUCGAGGCCGAAGCUGAGGCGGAGGCCAAGCCCAAGUCCGAGGAGCACGAUGAGCUGUAA